UUCCUCUUUCCUCGUUAUCGCUUCUGACCCUCGACGUCUUCGUUCUUCUUCGAAGGAGAUCCCAAAGCCAUCCAUGGAGGACGAGGUCGUCGCUGGCCUGGCGAUGGAGUCGUCUUCUUCGUCGGCAGCGGCGGCGGCGGCGGUGGAAGGGGUUGGGAUGAGGUACGAGGACGAUGAGGAUGAGGGUGAUGUUUGCCGGAUCUGCCGCAACCCUGGCGAUGCUGAGAACCCGCUCAGGUAUCCUUGCGCUUGCAGCGGUAGCAUCAAGUAUGUCCAUCAGGAAUGUCUCCUUCAGUGGCUUAAUCAUAGCAACGCGCGCCAGUGCGAGGUUUGCAAACAUGCUUUUGCUUUCUCACCAGUGUAUGCGGAUAAUGCUCCUGUUAGGUUACCUUUCCAGGAGUUUGUGUUCGGGAUGACUAUGAAAGCGUUUCAUGUCCUGCAAUUCUUCCUUCGUCUUGCUUUUGUGCUCUCAGUUUGGCUUCUUAUCAUACCUUUCAUCACAUUUUGGAUAUGGCGCUUGACAUUUGUGAGGAGUCUUGGUGAGGCUCAGAGGCUAUUCAUGAGCCGUGUAACAGCACCCUUGGUUCUUACUGAUUGCUUGCAUGGAUUUCUACUUUCUGCUAGCAUUGUCUUUAUAUUUCUUGGUGCUACCUCAUUAAGGGAUUACUUUAGAAACCUCCGAGAUCUUGGACAAGAUGCUGAGAGGGAAGAUGAUGGUCAUGAAAGGCAUGGUGCUCGAGCAGUAAGGAGGCUUCCAGGUGCUGCUAAUAGGAUACCGGCUGUUGAUGGCAAUGCUGAUGAUGCAGGUGGAGGGAUUGCUGGAGCUGGUCAAAUGAUUAGAAGGAAUGCUGAAAAUGUGGCUGCUAGAUUGGAAAUGCAAGCAGCUCGUCUUGAAGCACAUGUUGAACAGAUGUUUGAUGGAUUGGAUGAUGCUGAUGGUGCAGAGGAUGUACCUUUUGAUGAACUUGUUGGCAUGCAAGGACCAGUUUUCCACUUGGUUGAAAAUGCAAUUACGGUGUUGGCUAGUAAUGCAAUAUUCCUCGGUGUUGUUAUACUCAUCCCAUUCUCACUGGGAAGGAUUGUGUCCUAUAAUCUAUCAUGGUUUCUAUCAUCAGCAUCAAGUCCAAUGUUGGCAACUGUCAUGCCUCUUAAAGAAUCGGCUCUUUCCUUGGCUAAUAUCACACUUACAAAUGCCAUUGGUGCUUUUAAGAACUUGUCAUCUGAAAGCCAUAAUGACAGUGUUCUUGGGCACGUUGUAGAAGCAGUCGCAGAAACUGUGAAAGUUAACGGCACUGGAAUAGACAAUCUUGCAAGCAUUAUCAGCAGACAUGCUUCACCGGAUAUAUCUAAGGGAACAGAUCUUGGCUCUUCACGUCUCUCUGAUGUCACUACCCUUGCAAUUGGAUACUUGUUCAUAUUUUGUCUGGUGUUUUUGUACUUUGGGUUUGUUGGUUUACUUCGUUAUGCUAGAGGAGAACGAUUUACCUUUGGAAGGCUUUAUGGUAUAGCUUCUAUAGUAGAAGCUAUUCCUUCUCUUUGCAGACAGUUUUGGGGAGGCAUGAGACAUUUAAUGACUAUGGUCAAGGUUGCUUUUCUUCUGGUGAUUGAGCUUGGUGUCUUCCCAUUGAUGUGCGGAUGGUGGCUCGAUGUUUGCACCAUAAGAAUGCUGGGUACUUCGAUUACUCAAAGGAUUGAGUUCUUCUCUGUUUCACCUUUAGCAAGCUCCUUGUUACAUUGGCUUGUAGGCAUUAUUUACAUGCUUCAAAUAAGCAUUUUUGUCAGCCUUCUUCGAGGGGUUCUUCGAAACGGGGUUCUUUACUUCCUCCGUGACCCAGCAGAUCCAAAUUAUAACCCCUUCCGUGAUCUAAUUGAUGAUCCUGUGCAUAAGCAUGCACGGAGAGUCUUAUUGUCUGUUGCUGUUUAUGGAAGUUUGAUUGUGAUGCUGGUCUUUUUGCCUGUAAAACUAGCCAUGCGGUUGGCACCUUCUAUCUUCCCACUGGACAUUACUGUUUCCGACCCUUUCACUGAGAUUCCUGCAGACAUGCUUCUCUUUCAAAUCUGUAUUCCAUUUGCCAUUGAGCAUUUUAAGCCACGGGCAACAGUGAAAGCUGUUCUGCGUCACUGGUUCAUGGCAGUUGGUUGGGCUCUUGGUUUAACUGAUUUCUUGCUACCUGGGCCAGAGGAAAAUGCUGCAAAUGAAAAUGCGAAUGCAGAGCAUGCAAGACGAGACAGAUGGCAUGAUGGAAUUCAAGGUGGAGGACAGAAUGAUCAUCCCCUCGCACCCGUUUUAAUUGCAGAUGAUCAUAACAGGGGAGGCCGGGCAAUUGGAAGCAAUGAUGUUGCUGAUGAUUCUGAAGGAUAUGAUCAAGCUGAUUCUGAGUAUGGUUUUGUUGUUCGAAUUGUAUUAUUGCUGGUAUUGGCUUGGAUGACUCUUCUGCUCUUCAACUCAACACUAAUUGUGCUUCCCAUUUCACUUGGACGUGCACUGUUCAAUGCCUUUCCCCGGCUUCCGUUUGCUCAUGGUAUCAAGUGUAAUGAUCUUUAUGCAUUCAAUAUUGGUUGCUAUGUCAUCUGGACUCUUGCCACCGGGAUCAGAUACUCAAUAGAUUAUAUAAGAACCAGGAGAGCUGGUAUUUUAGCGUCUCAAAUCUGGAAAUGGUGUGGCAUUAUUGUUAAAAGUUCAGUUCUGCUGUCAAUAUGGAUAAUCGUCAUCCCUGUUCUUAUUGGACUCUUAUUUGAGCUGCUUGUGAUUGUUCCAAUGCGGGUGCCCGUGGAUGAAAGUCCGGUCUUCCUUCUCUACCAGGAUUGGGCUCUAGGCUUGAUAUUUCUCAAGAUCUGGACUAGACUGGUUAUGCUGGACCAGAUGGCACCAUUGGUAGACGAGACCUGGAGGGUAAAGUUCGAGAGAGUUAGAGAGGACGGCUUCUCCAGGCUGCGUGGUCUGUGGGUUAUGCGCGAGAUUGUGAUCCCUAUCCUAAUGAAGCUGCUAACUGCACUAUGUGUACCUUAUGUGUUUGCUAGGGGCGUCUUUCCUAUGCUUGGCUACCCUUUGAUUGUGAACUCGGCCGUAUACCGUUUUGCAUGGCUGGCCUGCCUCUUCUUCACCGUCUUCUGCUUCUGUGCCCGGAGGUUCCAUGUUUGGUUUACCAAUCUCCACAAUUCCAUAAGAGACGAUCGGUAUUUGAUUGGCCGGAGAUUACAUAACUUUGGUGAAGAAUCACGGAUGAGCACUGGAGUAGAAUCUGAGACAAUUCUGCAGGACUUUAAUGGUGAUGAACCUCAUCAAGAUGCAGAUGUAAGGCUAAGGUUGAGACGGCCGAACCAGAGGCCAAUGGGGCUUGUUGGUUAGUUAGUAUAGUAGCCAGGCAUUUCAUGUAUGUUUGUCUGGUUGCAUUUUGAGUGUUGACCUUAUCUUGUAAAUAGGAACCUCUUUGUGGUGUGAAA